UUCGUUACAACAAUGUUGCGACGACCAAUACCAAUCGAAGAAAUGGUGGCCACGUUCAAAAGAAAUCACAAAGAAUCUCACUUGUUCAAGAUAGACAAUUUCUCUUUACUCACAAAGUAUAAGAUCGAAAGGCUUGAAUCCUCUCUUUUCAGACUCGGUGGUUUGAAGUGGAAACUGAUUGUGUAUCCAAAGGGAAGUAAGAAUGCAAAUGGUUAUGUCUCCAUCUACUUACAGAAUCAAGAUCCAAUCCAUCAUGAGCUCGAAUAUCAGGUCUAUGUCGUCAGUCAACUAGAGGCAAAAUGGCACCCCAAUAUCAAUGUGAAAAGGGACUUCGGUACAUCAUCAACACCGAAAGCGAAAGGGAUUCAUAAGUUGAUAUCACUUGUUGAUCUUGAGAGGAACGGGUACCUGAUUGAAGAUUGUUGUAUGUUUGGUGCAAGUCUUGUUGGAUUUGAACCUGGCGCACAGGGAACAGCUGAAUGUUUUAGCUUAAUAGAGAAGCCUCUCAAUCACAAAGUCACUUGGGCGAUGACUAAGUUCUCUUCUUUCGACCCUGCAAUGGUUCAUCAUUCUCAAGAAUUUGUGGUUGGAAACAAGAAAUGGAGAAUCAAAGUUCAUGAAAGAGGGUUUAUAGGGGGACAUCACAAGUUAUUUGCUGUGUCCUUGUCGGGAGAAGGGUUUAUCAACAAUGCGCCAAAGACAAAAACUUUCGCCAAAUUUAAGCUGCGAGUAUUUAAUCAAGUUGAACAUAAUCAUCUUGAGAAAACAGAGUCUGGUUGGGUUGAUGCUGAUGACAAGCAUGGCUUUAAGGCUUUCACGCCUCUGGAGAAACUUGCUGAACCUUAUUUGGUGAAUGAUAAGCUCUAUGUGGGAGUUGACUUUGAAGUCAUUUCUAUGACUAAUUAUUGCUAA